AAACAUUUCCCUGGCGAUGUCUCUGGGGCGACUCCUCCGUCGAGCCUCUUCCAAAGCGUCCGACCUCCUGACCCUGAGUCCCGGUGCUGCUGGGGGUUCCCCCUCCGUGCUGGAUGGGGAGAUCAUCUACUCCAAGAACAAUGUCUGUGUCCACCCCCCCGAGCUGCUGCAGGGCAGCGGGGAGCACCAUCCAGGCUAUUUGUGCUUGUACAUGGAGAAGGACGAGCUGCUGGGGAGCACGCUGAUCCUGGCCUGGGUGCCCAACGCGCCCGGCCGGCCCCGCCGCCGCCCCGCAGCGACUCGGGGAGCCCGUGCGCCGCCAGCUCGCAGGAGGAGCGCUGCAGUGAAGCCCUGGGGAAAAGCAGCAGCUCUGUGUUCCUGGACAGUGAAAGCAGGGACACGUGUGACACUCGCAUGACCUGCUCCACCAGCUCUGCCUCCAGCCUGGACACCAGUGCCCAGUUCCAGGAGAACAAUGGGCAAACACAGAGCACCAGGUGGGAUGAGCAGCAGAAGGUAUUUACCCUCGAGCAGGUGUGUGGUGUCUUCAGAGUAGACCUGGGACAAAUGAGAUCCCUUCGCCUUUUCUUCAGUGAUGAGAACUGCACCUGUGGGCAGCUGGUGGUGGCGAGCAGGGAGAGCCAGUACAAGAUCUUCCAUUUUCACCACGGUGGCCUGGAUAAACUGUCCGAGGUGUUCCAGCAGUGGAAGUACUGCACAGAGACCCAUCUCAAGGACCAGCAGCUCUCAGAUGAGAAGACCUGCAUGCAGUUCUCCAUCCGCCGGCCCAAGCUGCCCUCGGCAGAGACCCACCCCGAGGAGAACUCAUCCCGGCGCCUGGACGUGUCUGCCUGGCUGCAGCACCUCAACCAGGCCGGCCAGGUGCAGGAGGAGUACAGGCUCAGAAAGGCCAUUUUCUUUGGUGGGAUUGAUAUUUCCAUCCGUGGGGAGGUGUGGCCAUUUCUGCUGCACUACUACAGCUACGAGUCCACCUCUGAAGAGAGGGAGGCACUGAGGCUGCAGAAGAGGAAAGAAUACUUUGAGAUCCAGGAAAAAAGGCUGUCCAUGACCCCAGAUGAGCAGAAGGAUUUCUGGCGCCAGGUGCAGUUCACGGUGGACAAGGACGUGGUGAGGACCGACCGCAGCAACCAGUUCUUCCGAGGGGAGGGCAACCCCAACGUGGAGACCAUGAGGAGGAUCUUGCUGAACUAUGCAGUAUUUAACCCAGCCAUUGGAUACUCCCAGGGCAUGUCUGACCUGGUGGCCCCACUCCUGGCAGAGGUCCUGGAUGAGUCAGAUACUUUCUGGUGCUUUGUUGGGUUGAUGCAGAACACGAUCUUCAUCAGCUCCCCUCGGGAUGAGGACAUGGAGAAGCAGCUGCUGUACCUGCGGGAGCUGCUGCGGCUGAUGCACCCCCGCUUCCACCAGCACCUGUGUGCCCUGGGAGAGGACGGGCUGCAGAUGCUCUUCUGCCACCGCUGGAUCCUGCUCUGCUUCAAGAGGGAGUUCCCCGAGGCCGAGGCUCUGCGCAUGUGGGAGGCCUGCUGGGCUCACUACCAGACAGACUAUUUCCACCUCUUCAUCUGCGUGGCCAUCGUGGUGAUUUACGGGGACGACGUCAUCGAGCAGCAGCUGGCCACUGACCAGAUGCUGCUGCAUUUCGGCAACCUGGCCAUGCACAUGAGCGGGGAGCUCGUACUCAGGAAGGCCAGGAGCCUGCUCUAUCAGUUCCACCUGCUGCCCCGCAUCCCCUGCAGCCUGCACGAGCUCUGCAAGCUGUGUGGGACAGGCAUGUGGGACAGUGGCUUCAUCCCUGCUGUGGAGUGCUCUGGCCACCACCCCGAGUCCGAGAGCUGCCCCUACGGGGGGCUGGUGGAAGAGUCUUCUCCUCAGCCAGGAAGUGAAGGCAAGAGGGGCCUGAAAACACGGGAUGUCUUUGCCUUCCGAAAAUAGCUGGGAGGAACAGGGUGCGACGGCGGAAGGGAAGGGCAGGAAGGAUGUGCAUAGGAAAAAAUGCUGAAGGAAAAAAUGGAGGAAUAGCUUGUCAAGACUCCUGAAGAGAAGAUUGGAAGGUGUGGAAUGGAAGAGGAAUGAAAUUGCUCCAUAGGGGAAGCUCCAUUGCAUGGGUGAUGGGACCUGAGAGAAAGGCAUCGACCCAGGGACUGUGUUUGGAUUUGAUUUUGUUAGAAACAAGUUUUUCUAGGUUUUAACAAGGACUUUUUAUUCUGCCUCUGGGACUGGACUGGUUAGAAACCAGAACUUUCUUACUUGCUGGUGAGGAAGGAGAGCACUGGGGAGCCAAGGCUGCCCAGAAGUGUUGGUGGGCAGGUGGCAGGGGCAGAGCCACGGCCACUGUCCCCUCACCCAGAGCACACUAUGCUCUCUGCUUCAACCAAAACCUGCAGCUUGGUGGCUUCUUUUUAAAGCCAUAAAAGCCAUUUUAAUUAUAAUCUGCCAAAAAUAAAACUGCGGACUGUUGGGAUUGCAGGGAAGGUGUCUGCUUUGUCAGCAAGGAAGGACCAGUGACCUCAAAGUCUUGUCUCUGGCCUUUUCUGGUUUUAUAGGGUACGCUGGCUGGCAUGAUUUUUUUUUCAAUUUUUAUAGAAAAUGGACUGCCCCAGGUGUCAGAGCACUGCUGCUCUGAGUCAGGGUAUUUCACAGACACUGCCUAAAGUUUCUUUCUUCAUGAGAUAUUGGGAAGGAAUUCUUCCCUGUGAGGAUGGUGAGGCCCUGGCUCAGGAUGCCCAGAGCAGCUGUGGC